AUGAAAUUACUUUCUUCAUUGUACACUUUGAUUACUUGCUUUCUCAUCAUCUAUGUUGUUUCGGCAACAGAGUUAAGCACAACCAACAAUGAUGCGCCCAUUAAUGCGGUAGGAUCUACAGGAGCUAUUGCAGAAAAGACAGAUGAAAUUGAUUUAGAUAACUCUCAAAUUGCCGUAGACUCUAAUGGUGUGUCUGGGUCGGACGAUUCUUUAGGUUUAAAAGCCCUGGGAAUUCAUACUACUACUGAACUUGAUACCAAACCAGUAGAUUCUAUGGAAUCUGAAACUACUUUAUACACUACUGAAACUAGCACCCAAGAUAAGAUAGAGGAAUCUGUUAAACAAUUGGAAGAUUCAAUGCCUUUGGAGGGAGCCCCGGAUGCAAUUGAGAUAGCUUCAACCACUGCUGAAUUAUCUGGUGAUGAGGGAGUUGAAACACUUGGUGAUGAGGCAUUUGAUAAGAAAUUAGAUGACCAGACAUCUUUUGAGCAGAAACCCACUGAUUUGACAUUUGAUGAUCAAAAAUCUGAUGAUCAAACAUCCGAUGAUCAGACAUUCGAUGAUCAGACAUCCAAUGAGCAAACAUCCGAUGAUCAAACAUCCAAUGAUCAAACAUCCAAUGAUCAAACAUCCAAUGAUCAAACAUCCAAUGAUCAAACAUCCGAUGAUCAAACAUCCAAUGAUAAUAUUGACUUAAGUGAAAAACUAGACGAGAAGGACCAGGAAGAGACACAAGAAAGCUUAGUCAUACAUGAAUAUGAAGUCCCAUUACAAUUGGCUUGUGAAACCAAAAAGUUGAUUUGCCACAAUGUUUCUUCAUCCAAUGCAAUUACUAUUCAGGGAUCUAGGAAGGGAUCUGCCUUAUUUGCAAGCUUCGAUUCCAGUAUGAUUCACAGCUCUGGAUUAACCUCUGGUGAUGUAGUAUCUGCUACACUUGUAUUGAACAAAAUUGGAGGUACAAGAACAUUACCAGUUCGAAUUGAUGUUUUAAACUUAGAAUCUAAGUCAUCUCACAUUUCCAAGUCCACAGUUUUAGCUACUUAUCAGGCGGUUUUACCAAAGACCCAAAAUUCUCCGGUUAGUGUUGAUGUUACACCAGCUAUACAUGAACUUUUAGAGAAGGCAAAGGAUCAUGACAAGUUCACCGUUUUGGUUUCUGCCUACUCUAGGACGAGAUUUGGUGAUAUCUUGACCUUCCCAACAAAGGACUAUCCAAAUGGAUUAUCAUUGAAGCUCAGAGUUACAAAAUUACCAAAAGACUCCUCUGCUUCAAGAUCGGAGCCUGCUAAGGAAAUUCGGUCACUCAGUGAUCGCAUCUUCUCUGGAUAUAAUUUAUACAUCGCGAUGGGAAUUCUCGCAACAGUAAUCAUAAUUGUUGUUUCAUUAAUGAUGAUGUAA